AUUAUAAUAAUUCAUAAUUAUAAAUUUACAUAUUAAGGAAAAUUAAAAUUAUUAUUUAAUUAUUUCUGUGUCUAAUUUAAGAAUUUACAAACAGGAAAACAAAACCGAAAUCCUAUCAAGUGUUAAAAUCCAAAUAAAAAAAAAGCAUUAAAAUAAGCUAUAUAUUUGUGUCUACAAAUUAAAAUGACAAUAGAAUAGCCUGCACGAUGACGUCACAAUAGAAAAUUCAUUUUAUUAAUUAAUUACAAAAGUUGAAUGUCGUCACAGAACUAGACGCCAUUUUACUUCAAUUUAAAAUAAGAGGGGAAGAAAAGAAUGUAAUACGAACACUGGUUGGAGGAAAGAAGCGAAAAAAAAAAAGAUUUAAAUUUCUCAACUUAAACAAUAAUAAAAUGAAUUUAGUGUAAUUAAACACAUAUAUUAUUGUUUAGACGCAAUCAGGUUACUUAAGAGAAUGGAUAUCGCCCGAAAUCCCGAUGAGAGGAAUGAUUUCAACGUGGCGGAAAUAGAGAUGUCGACAAGCAGAAAAAAACCGACUGAAAAGAAAAAAAAAAGAGCGACAACACAACAUCACUGACGUCACACUAAAUAAACAUCAAAUGUCGUCAUACAGGGAGAAAAAAAUAAAAAAAAAUAUGCAACGUAAAGUCGACUGCGUUAAGAAAAAUGACGUAAAUGGAACUAGGUUAAAGCGAGGAAAAUGACUAAUUAAUAAAUCUCAUCGAUCGUUUAUAUUUAUAUUUAUGCUUUUAUUUCUAUUUUUCCUGGAGAUGGAGAGAAGUUAGGGAAUUAAAUGCACUACAGAGGGAGCUGUUUCGAGAAGAGAAGGGAUAGUUGAGGUGGUCGACAUCCAGACUUGCGUUUAAGUGUGUUGUUUAGUCGUCCGUUCCUUCCCCACAUGUUGGAAUAUGGCUGGGGCUAAAUCUGGUGUUCACGUCGUACAACUCAAACCCAUACACGUCACAGAAAGGCUAUUAUCGGGUAAUAAAUUCGUCAAAUGGGAUGACGAUUCCGCUGUUGGAACUCCCGUGACUUUAAAAGUCGAUCCUAGAGGAUAUUUUUUGUUUUGGACAGAUCAAAAUAAAGAGACAGAAUUCCUGGAGAUUUCCUAUAUUAGAGACGUCAGAACAGGGAAAUACGCCAAAAUCCCCAGGGAUGGUAGACUUCGUGAUACUGUCAGUAUGGGUGCUUCUGAUACACCGCUGGAAGAUAAAACCGUUACUGUUGUACAUGGACCCGAUUUAGUCAACGUUAGCUUCAUUAAUUUUUGCUGUAACUGUAGGCAAGUUGCUCUGGAAUGGAGGGACGAAUUACUGAAGAUUGCAUACAAUUUAUUAGCAUUGAAUGGCUCAGCCGCCAUGUUUUUGGAAAAGGCCUAUGUCAAGCUGUGCAUGAUGACCGACAGAUCAGGAAAAAUACCAGUUAAACACGUUAUUAGAUUAUUCGCUUCACACAAGGAUGAUAAAAAACGUGUAGAGAAGGCUUUAGAGGCAUGCAAUCUACCAAUCGGAAAGAAUGACGUGAUAUCUCCUGAAAAAUUCACUUUCGAUUCGUUUAUGAAUAUCUACGCUCAUCUAGUGGGUAGGGAGGAGAUCGAUGCUAUAUUUGAAUCCACAUGCGGAGGGAACAAGAAAAAGGGGAUGACGGUGGACCAAUUAGUAGAAUUCCUCAACAAAGAACAAAGAGAUCCUCGUCUAAAUGAGAUUCUGUAUCCUUAUGCCAAUCCAGCUCGUGCUCGUGAUAUUAUUAAUGAAUACGAACCUAAUAAGAGUUACGCCCAGAAAGGUAUAAUGAGUAUCGACGGUUUUCUGAGGUACCUGAUGAGUGAUGACAACCCCAUUGUGGCACCCGAAAAAUUCGAUUUGAAUUUAGACAUGGACCAACCUUUAAGUCAUUAUUUUAUUAACUCUUCACACAACACUUAUUUAACAGGUCAUCAACUAACGGGAAAAUCUUCAGUGGAAAUCUAUCGCCAGUGCUUACUAGCAGGAUGCCGUUGUGUUGAAUUAGACUGUUGGAAUGGUCGAAAUUCGGACGAGGAACCAAUUAUAACUCACGGAUUUACGGUUGUAACCGAAAUUUUACUUAAGGAAGUGUUAGAAGCCAUUGCGGAUUGUGCAUUUAAAACGUCGGACUAUCCCGUGAUUCUAUCAUUUGAAAACCAUUGUUCAACAAAGCAGCAAGCAAAAAUAGCUACUUACUGUAGAAAAAUAUUCGGAGACAUGCUCUUACUCGAACCAUUAUCGACUAAUCAAUUAAAACCUGGUCAACCUUUACCCUCUCCUAAUCAAUUAUUAAGAAAAAUCAUCAUAAAAAAUAAGAAACAGCAUUCUGCGAGAAGAUUAUACGCAGAUGAAGAAAGUGAAUUGUCACUGACUCCCGAAAAAACCAUGCUUUCGGCUGGUGGCGACGAAAACCAAACAACAAACGGGGUUAACGAACAGAGUAACGAAAUGCAGAUACAAGGGAAGAGUACAAAUAUAGUCUGCGAUAUAGAUGAGUCGGAUAGCGAGAUCUCUUCUGAUGACGACGAUGUGCAAGAUAAAUACGAAGAGGGAGCAGUAGAGAAGGGUUCUGCUGAAAUGUCUGCACUAGUCAACUACAUCCAACCUGUACGAUUCCACAGUUUCGAGCAUGCAGAAAAAAGAAACAGAAGUUACGAAAUAUCUUCCUUUGUAGAAACUCAGGCGACUAAUUUACUUAAGGAACAUCCUGUCGAAUUUGUAAAUUAUAACAAACGUCAGUUAAGCAGGAUAUAUCCUAAAGGAACUCGAGUAGACUCCAGCAAUUACAUGCCCCAGGUAUUCUGGAAUGCCGGAUGCCAAUUGGUGGCAUUAAACUACCAAACAUUAGACUUAGCCAUGCAAUUAAAUUUGGGCAUAUUCGAAUACAAUGGAAGAAGUGGGUUCCUCUUGAAACCGGAUUUCAUGAGGCGAACGGAUAGGAAAUUCGACCCUUUCACGGAAUCUACAGUGGAUGGGAUUAUUGCUGGGACAGUAUCAGUUAAAAUAAUAUCUGGUCAGUUUCUAUCCGAUAAGAGGGUUGGAACCUACGUGGAAGUUGAUAUGUAUGGUUUACCAGCUGAUACUGUUCGCAGGAGGUUCCGAACCAAAACCGUUCCAGCGAAUGGUUUAAACCCCGUAUACGACGAGGAACCGUUUGUUUUCAAAAAGGUUGUGUUGCCUGAUCUUGCAUGCAUCCGGAUCGCAGUUUAUGAAGACAAUGGCAGAUUCCUAGGACACAGGGUGUUGCCCGUAUGCGGAUUACGUCCAGGUUAUAGGCAUGUCUCUUUAAGAAACGAAUCGGGACAGCCAUUGACGUUACCAACGUUAUUCGUUUACGUUGUGGUGAAGGAUUACAUUCCAGAUGGAUUAUCGGAGCUAGCAGAUGCAUUAGCUAAUCCUAUAGCGUAUCAGUCGAUGGUAGAAAAGCACGCUCAACAGCUGAUGGCAUUAACGGAUGACGUUGACGAAUCUACAGAAAUCAGCAAACCUACAAAAGCGCCAACAAAAUCGGAUUCGAAUAAAAAUACCGAAGACAAAACUAGAUCGAGCUCCUUCAAGGAUGAUAACGCAGAGACGGAACCAUCGAAGUACAAUGCAAUCAAUGGAAACAUACAGACAAAUAUGCCAAUAGCCGGAAGCACUUCUCCCGUAUUUUUGCCACCUCUGAAAAGGCAGGAAACAGCAGGAAAGAACAUGACACAGUCAGUAAGGAGUUUACCCGAGGACAAUAUUCAGGGCAAGACGUUAUCUUUACUGGAAUCUCCGGAAGCUGACAUUAUGGCCGAGAGCAUCGAUAAAAUUAAAGAACACAAACUAGUGCAAAAGGUCAUGGCCAAAUUAGAGAACGAUCUACAGAUGCUGAGGAAAAAACACGAAAAGUUAAGAGAAAAAGAAAAGCAAUUGUAUCGAAUUAAGGAGGACAAACUCUCCAAACCGUACGAACAACAGAAAUCUUUUAUAAGUCGCCAUUUUAGCCGAAUCCUGAAGCACAAGAACAAGAGGGAACUCGAAGAGAAUGCAAUGGAAGAUCAACAGAAAAAGAUGGAGGACCUACAAAAAGAUUACAAACAAACGAUGCUAGCAAUAAACAAAGAACAAUUCCGCAUCGAAAUGGAGUUGAGCAAAAAGUAUAACGAAACAAUAUACACCGCUAUCGAUAAAGCUAUGCAGACUUCACAGAAAGCGCAACUCGAUUAUCUGAAGGGUCUUCACGAUAGAGAAGUAGGGGAACUCAUGAAGCGAUUAGAGAUACAAACGAAAGAAGAAAUGAAAACAUUAAGUAAGAAACACACGGAUAAGAACGAAUUAUCCAGAAUAAAGAGGGAAUUACAUCAAAAAUUGAUCGAGCAAGCCGUAACGGAAAGACAAAGGAUUAAUAGCAUUUUAGAUAAGAAAGUCAAUGAUUUGGAAAGACAGCAUUUAGAUAUCCAGAAAAAAGUUGAAGAGGAAAAAGCACAAACCGAUGUGAAGUUGCAACAGGAAUUCGAAGAGAAGUGUAACAAAGCGGCAAAGGAAUACGACACAAAUUCUAGCGCGUUUCUUAACAGUAUAUCUUUUAACGAAGAGAUCACAUUAUGAAAAACGCUAUGAAAAAAAGAACAAAAAAAAAUUUUUACCCAGAGAGUCUGCAAUGCAACAAAAUUCAUCAACAGAACACAUUAAAGUCGCACUAUUUAUUUCUCGUUAUUCUCUAAUGACAAUUUACGCUGCAAAUAACUGUAUAUAAUUAAUUUUACUACCGAUCGAUUGUAAUGUUUCUUUUGUUGUUACCGUUGUUGUUUCGGUUUCUGUGUUGUUUCUACUAUAAAGUGAACAAAAUACCCAUUCACGGAUUGAUAACAAUCAAUGAUAUGCAUAAAGCACUCGAAACGGGCCAGUAUCUUUGUAUUUGUUUGUGUGUAUAUGUACGAAGAAAACAUACCUUUUUUUCUUUUUUUUUUUUGGCAUUAUACAAUCGGCACCACCCGCACAACACGUUUCGUUUGACACUUGACACUUUGUUUCUUUUCUAAUUAGCAAAAACUGCGCCACAAAUGACGUUCCACUACUUAAAUAAAACAAAAAAAAAAAAAAAAAA